AUGGGUAGAAAAAAACUUGAAAUCAAACGAAUUGAGAACAAGAGUAGCCGACAAGUGACCUUCUCUAAACGACGUAACGGUCUCAUCGAGAAAGCUCGUCAGCUUUCUGUUCUCUGCGAUGCUUCCGUCGCCCUUCUCGUCGUCUCCGCCUCCGGCAAACUCUACAGCUUCGCCUCCGGCGAUAACCUGGUCAAGAUCCUUGAUCGAUAUGGAAAACAAUGUGAAGAUGAUCUCAAAGCCCUGGAUCUUCAGUCAAAAGCUCUGAGCUAUGGUUCACACCAUGAGCUACUAGAACUUGUGGAAAGCAAGCUCGUGGAAUCAAAUGUCAAAAAUGUAAGCGUCGAUACCCUCAUUCAGCUGGAGGAACACCUUGAAACUGCCCUCUCCGUAACUAGAGCUAAGAAGACAGAACUGAUGUUGAAGCUUGUUGAGAGCCUUAAAGAACAGGAGAAGGUGCUGAAAGAAGAGAACCUGGUUUUGGCUAGCCAGAUGGAGAAGAAUCUUGUGGGAGCAGAAGCUGAUGAGAAUAUGGAGAUAUCACCUGGACAAAUCUCCGACAUCAAUCUUCCGGUAACGCUCCCACUACUUAAUUAA